AGGACUCCAAGAUGGCGUCAAUAGUACCACUGAAGGAAAAGAAACUAAUGGAUGUCAAACUAGUAGAGCUGCCAAACAGGAUUUUGGUGCGGGACUUCACCCCAAAAGGCAUUGCCGGAGCAUUUUGGAGAGGUUAUGACCGGUACUUCAACAAGUACAUCAAUGCGAAGAAAGGGAGCAUCGCUGGGGUCAACAUGGUGCUGGCUUACUAUGUACUUUUCAACUCCUGCCAUUGCUUCAGGGAGCUUAAACAUGAAAGGCAUCGCAAGUACCACUGAAGAGCCCAUGAGGCUACCUGCAUUCUUGAUGGAUGCUGUCUGGCCUGGCUCCCAUCCGUCAACUUAAUCACAGCGGAGUCCUUUCACAUUCUGAGACAAUUACUGCUCAAUAAAAGGUGACCGGUAUUGCUGUCA